GUACGUUGGGAUGUACGUCGUAAGUGUGGUUGUAGUACUACUAGCCUGGGAGUGGUUGUGCACAGGACAGAAAGAGAGAAAGGUUCUCGCAGAAGAUUGACUGAUAUCUCAGCAUCAUUCUUGGCCUGUUCCAGUUGUAUAAAAGGUUGAUUUGAUCAUUGUGAAGUCUUCAACUGAUCUGAGCUGAACGAGCCGAUGCUAAUGACGUGUCUUUGAAUUUUGAUGAUGAGUGCUAUUAAUUAUGUUUAUGUAUUGUUAUUGUAGGGCAUUUCAGCUGACUUUGUGUCAGAUCAGGGCAGGGGUGUUCCCCGUUUUUUCUUUAGUUCUUAAACAGUACUAACAAGUAACAACUGUCUGGUCUGUGAUUAGACCAAAAGCUUCGGUCUCUGUUAUGUUGGUUGUUCAGCUGAACUCCGUUGGCUUCACUCACCAAAUACAGAGACCGAAGUUCUAGCGCGAUCUGUACAGGGGACUCAAUGGCCAUAUGUUUAUGUACUUAAGAUCGGAUAAAACGGGGAAGUGAAUUUGCGCGACAGCCGAGAAAGACAUCGACAUCAAUUCAGGCUUGGAAAGAUGAUUCUACUUACAGUCCUCCUUCAGCUAAUCGCAGUCAUCCAUGGAGCAGAAGAUCUUCCCCAGGGUCACCUCCAGCCGUUUGGUCAUCAUCGACCACCAGACGUGGUCAUUGAUGAACUCUAUGACUUGCCAGACCCACAGACCUUCUGGGAUGAGUACGUGUCUAUCGAGAAAGCUGCAAUUUUCCGGGGAGCUGCCACUCGCAGUCCCGGCUUCAUCCUGUGGACCGAGGAAUAUCUAAGCAAAGCCUAUGGAGACGUUGAGGUUCGACUGGAAGGCAAGCGUGAGAGAAAAAGCGGUAUCCCCGUUGGAGAGAAAGGUCUGGGUCGGGAUACUGUACGCAACUUCCUCCAGACAUUCCGCGAGAAGGACACCUACAUUGUCUCACAGCUGCCGGAGCCAAUGUACCAAGACUUCUAUAUCCCACCGAGCAUCUCCUGCGGGAACAUGCGUAACCGCAUCAUCGAGAUCGACCUAUGGAUGAGUUCCGGAAACACACAUAGUAUCAUCCACAAAGAUGCAUUCAACGCCAUAAACUGCUUGAUGAAGGGCACCAAGUAUUGGAAGCUCAUUGAGUUCAAGUAUGAGAAGUGGCUCUACAAGACGUGGGAACCAAAGAGAGAGCUUGGAGGCAACUCACAGGUUGAUGCCCACAGCAUUGAUCUUCUGAAGUAUCCUGACAUUGCCAAAGUCAGGUGGUCCAACAUCACUAUCAAUGCAGGAGACUGCUUGUUCUUACCUAAAUCGUAUUAUCAUCAGGUGUCAUCGACGGGCGACCCCAAUAUGGCCGUCUCUGUACUCUUUUCUAGGCUUACCCAGUUUGACGAUACAGGAUGUGACCAGACUCCUAUUGGUUUUACUCCAUUGAGUGAGGUUGAUGUUCUCUGGAGCUGGCCGGGACAUGGAAUCAUGAGUAUGGGUAAUUUGGAUGUCUGGAUGUUAAAAGCCAAUUACAUGGAGUUUGCCGAGGAGUAUGGUGAAAUGACUGAAGAGGUUAUGAGAAAUGAUGUAAUGACAACUUUCCCAGAACUAGAGGAGGAAGAAGUCAGGAGAACUGUGCAUGAGGCAUGGAAUGUUAUCGACAAGUCGGGCAAGGGUUUCUUGACGACAGACGAUAUCGAUGAUCUUGACGUUGAUACAUGGAGAGAACAUUGCAUACGUAUGACGGGACACGAUCCUUCUAAUACAGAGGAGUUUGAAUUCUACUACAUUGAUGUUGGAUUUAUUGAGGAGCUUUUGGAUGGGCUAAUGGAUACUUACCCAGAGAAGAUUACAAGGUCCAUGUUUGUCAAGAAAUACAUUGGUGCUCUCGGAGGGACAGAAAAAUAUGCAGAUGAUAUAUUUGAUGGGCUAGCUGGAGAAUCGAGUGCUUCAGCCACCCCUGAACAGGUCAGAGCCAAUAUGGACAUGGCGUUGAAGAAAUGGAAAGAGAAUGCCCCUAUUGAUUCAACUCCAGAGAUUGAUGACUCCUUUGAAAUGAGUGAUGUUCAUUUGUUAAAAGAAGAACUCUAAAGGGAAUCCGGGGCCCAUGACACGAAGCUUAGCAGUCAUUGUAGAAUUUUCUUAACGAUUAAUUGCAUUGACUACAAUGUACAUUUAAUCGUUAAAAUCAAGCGAACGAUUAAUCGCUAACCUUUGUGUUAUGGGACCCAGGACUCUUUCUUGUUUGUUAGGUCAUUAUUUUAUCGGUAAAUGUAUUCUUUUAUUCAAUUUUUUAUUUAAGUUUCUUAAACCUAUAUUUUGUGUCUGUAGUAUGUAAAUUUCUGUAUGUGUAUUUUGGUAAGAAAUAUUGAACAUCAUACAUGUAUAUGGGUACUUUGUUAAUUUUUUUUAAAUUUUUUUAAUACAUAUAUGUUUCAUAUGUAACAUUUUUCUAUGAUUCAUUUCUUUUGAGUACAUGUUCUAAUCUGUAACUUAACUUCUGGGGAUGAAACCUUUUUUCUCUCUUUAUUUCACAUGAAUUUUCAUGCAUCAUUUACAUGUUAACCCCUUGCCUGAUUUGCAAACCAACAUUGAUUUUAUGCCAUUGAGUGCGGUGGAUGUUCUGUGGAGCCGAGUGAGCUGUUCUGUUCUGGCUACCAACAUUUCCCGCAACUCGUCCACAAGGCUUGCAUGGAACAAUAUGAAUUUAAUUAUAAAAUUAUUUGCUACUUGGCUUUGUCUUUGUCAUGAAUAUGAUAACUGGCAUUCUUUAAAAAUGUGGUAUACAUAUAUCUAUGCAAAAAGAUAAAUAGGUAAAGGUAACUCUGCCUAAGUUGAAUCCUUUGGGAUCACAGAAAUAUGUUUGACUUGGGAGAAAUAUGACUUAAAGGUCUUUAACACAUGUUUUGCAUAAAAUAGUAUAAAAUUGCUUUGUCUUUAAAGUUUACCUGUGUGUACAUGCAUGUUUGAACUCUGAACUGUCGCAAUUAUCAGGAUUGAUCGUAUAUCAUGAGGUCAAUUUUAAUAAGCAGCGUUUUGAUUUUCUUAUUUUACAUAUUGACAUAACAUUGCGACCAUUUGAAUACUUCAAUAGGUGUCUGCAUUAUCUGUGAGAUGCAACUUUUUUUACCUUGUGCAUGAAAUUACCACAAUGUAAUGGUAAUAAUAAUAAUGGUGAUGUCUUAUUGAUCACACACACCGUCCAAAGACACUCAUGGCGCUAGCCCGGCAACAGUUCCUUUUAAUAUAUAUUUAAAAAAUACAAAUGCAAAUGUAAACGUAGUCAACAAAGAGAUCUUAAGUUACUAGUACUCCAGGUACAAAGGGUACAUAAUUUACAAAAAAAGGAGAAAAAGUUCAGUUUUGUAUCACCUGCUGGAAUUCCUAAUGAAACUACUGGGUAAUUAUUAGUCUUAUAUUGUGUUAUUUGUUUGUGAAUUUUAUAGUCAAUUGGUUCAUAGAACAAAUGUUUAUAUAUAUAUGGUGCUUUCAUAUUUGUUAAUAUUUUUUAUCAGUACUUCCUAAUAAUCCAGAUAAUUAUCAUUUUGUCUUUCUCUUGUUUAAUGUUUGGAUAUAGAGGAUUGUUUAAGUACAAUUGGCAUAAUCUGUAAGUGUUGUCUUCUUUCUUUUUCUUUAGAAGGGGGUUUAUGGUAUUCUUGCAUAUUUAUACCAGGAAAUGAUUAUGAAUGAUUGAUUUUCUAUAAGAAGUUUAUUAUAAAUUAUUGUAUGAGCAGUUUCCAUUUCAAAUGACAGCUCCUUCCCAAGAAACGCUUUCCGUCUAUCGCAACUCACAAUGGAUAGUGCGAUCAAUCACUAGUGGUAAUAGAUCAUUUCUUUCUAAAAAUUCAACCAAUUGACCUACCACUUUUUUCUAAUUUGAUAAAAACAAUUGCUGGUUUGAAUCUAAUUUCUAUUCUUUUUUGUUUUGAUACGAUGACCAAGUUUUUAUUUUGUUUCUCUUCAUAUUACAAAGAAAAUUUAUUUAUUUAGAAGUUUGAUUAUAAUAACAUGUUAACAUAUAUUUUGAUUUUACAUUAUUCUACGUAGGCACCAGCCAAUGUGGAGAACCUCUGGACAGAAUUUUUAAAUUCUUUUAGGUGAUCCCCAGCAUUGGCUGGUGCUCAAUUUAUAUUUCUCUUGUAAUGUUUAUAUUGAAUCUGUUAUGUUUGUUAUUAUCUUUCCUGGAAAUACAAUAAAUAAAUGAAUAUGUCUGAAUGCUCAUUUAUCGCGAUCUUAAACACAUAGGAGUUAUGCUGAAAAUUUGUUUACAAACUUAGUUUUCAAAUCAAUCAAUUACAAAACAUGCAACUAUAAGUUUUGUGUAAUAUAUUGGUUAUCAGUACUACAGUUUGGGUAUGUAAGGUUCGAAGUUUGUAAUUUGAAUAAAACAUUCUUUUAUUCUUUU